CAUGUUUUAUCGUGAAGGUCUUAAACCAGAAGUGUUUGUCUGGUUGGUGCUACUAAUCGCAACGCGCAAACAUGUCUCCUCGUGUAUGACUACGUCUGGUUGGCAAGUUAGCCAGCAGCACGCGUGAAAGAUUGUUUUCGCUAUUGACGACUCAGCCGGAAACCUACGGACAUGUCCUCCCCAGAAGAUGGGACUGUCGAGCAGGCCCCCACUGGGCUCGAGUCCAUCAUCAGUGUCACCAUUGGGGCGACUGUACCUACAGGGUUCGAACACACAGCUGCAGAGGAGGUCCACGAGAAGAUCGGUGUAGAAGCACGCAUAAGUAAAGACCGCGGUCGUAUUUACUUCACCAUUACUACUGAUAAGCUCUUCCAGGUUCACCUGCUGAGGUCUGUGGACAACCUGUUUGUGGUUGUCGAUGAAAAUGAUCAGUACCAAUUUAAGGAAUCUAAGGAGGAGACAUUGGCAGAGCUGCAGCAGCUUGCCUCCAAGCUUCCGUGGACUAACGCCUUGGAGGUGUGGAAACUAAACCGCACUUUCAAAAAGAGAAAAGGCCAACGUAAAGGAGCCAGUGGCGCCAGAGUUAAGCCCAGCAAUGAGGCCGGAAAGGCAACUCCGGCUGACGGCAAGUCGAAGGCGCAAGCUGAGGAGCCCCCUAUAGCUGAUGACCCAAACAAGACCGAGGAGUCACGUGACACUGAGACCAGCACGCAGGACUCUGAGGAAGCAGAACCCGACGUCACCCCUAAAAUAAUCAAGUUCCGUGUGACCUGCAACCGGGCCGGAGACAAGCACAGCUUUUCCUCCAAUGAGGCAGCAAGAGAUUUUGGCGGAGCGGUGCAGGAGUUCUUCCAGUGGAAAGCAGACAUGACAAAGUUUGACAUUGAGGUCUUAUUGAAUAUACACAAUACUGAGGUGGUGAUUGGCAUCGCACUCACCGAAGAGAGUCUUCACAGAAGAAACAUCAGCCACUUUGGACCCACCACACUGCGCUCCACCUUAUGCUAUGGCAUGCUCAGGUUGUGUAAACCUCAGCCAUCCGAUAUUAUACUUGAUCCAAUGUGUGGAACUGGAGCAAUACCUUUGGAGGGGGCCUUAGAGUUUCCUGCGUCCUUUUACAUCUGUGGAGACAACAAUGACAUGGCCGUAAACCGCACGGUCAACAACGUGUGUCACAUUCAGAAAAGGAAGGCAGAGAAGGGCGGGCUCUGUCCAGAAUGGGGGGACUGUGGAGGAAGCAGCACACUGUUUGGGUCAAUGUUGGUGGUUUACACGCCGGAGUGUUCCUGCUCAGGCGGACCGGCGCCGUGUUUGGCCAAACUCCCGAAGAUUUCUAUGAAUCACGAGGGACAGUGUGUACACAAGAAGCUCAGGACGACAGCCAGCGCUCUUAGGUUGCAGUUUUACUUUUGCACCAUCCCAUGUAUAUUGGAUCAACAUAACUUAUAUUUUGUUAGCUUAACAUUUUUAUUUUUAUUUUUUAAAUUCACUUUUCAUGUCAAGUGGCCAAGUCUCAUUUUGCUAAACAGCCAAACAAAAAGAAAAGCCUUGAUUUUCACCCUUUUGCUUACUUCACUUCUAAUGCAAGAGCAAACCGUAACAAAUUUGUUCUCAUUAUGUGUAGCUGUUCGUAAUGAAGUGGGCCACCAGUGCCCAUCUACUGAUGGGCACCGAGUUAAGCUGAUUUCAUGACACUUACUGAAACAGUAGUUAUUGCAGGCUUUUUCGUCAAUCAAUAAAAGUAAAAAAAAAAAGAAAGCUGCUGUCUUGGGAAGAGUAAGUUUUACAUUACCAGGACUUGGUUUAUCAUUCAAUAGCACUAAAAAGUGUGUCCCAACUUUUGACUGUUACUGUAUGUUCAGUGUGAUACAGUAAAUGAUUAAACUUAUUUGAAUGAG